CCACAGUUCCACACUACACGCAAUAACGCCUACUCCUCAAAAAGUCGCAAAAUUCACCAUACCCCAAAAAAGACCAAAAACCUUAUAAAAUUAAAAAUCAACAAGCUCUUCUCUCCCAAACCACUAAUGAACCCAUCACACACCCCACCCAAACUAAACCUAAAAAUACAAAAUUGACCUCCUCUCUCCCCCUACCUUCUUCCCCAAUCCCUCAAUCAAAAUCCACUCCUCUUUAAUUUCCACCGUCAACCCACAAAACCAUCCAAUUCUACAAUCCCAAAUCCCCAACGUUCCUCCAUGGAAACAGUACACCAACAACAAGAACAAGAACAAGAACAAGCAACCCAACAGAACGCAAACCACAUGUUAUUCAUAAAAAUAAUGAGCAAAAGACGCACAUGGGUCGCUCUUUUUGUCUUAGUUUACGGCAUCUUAUUGUACUCUUCAUUAAACCUUCUUCGAUCAAUCUUAGAUUGGUACAAAGCGACUCUCUCUCCUCUCCCUUCGUCUCCAACUCCGGCGAAUGGGUGGCCGGCGGCAGUGUACGCGUCAGUGAUGCUGGGCGCGGUUUUUGGGGUCAUGUCGAUGGUGGCGGCGUUUGCGGUGGCGGUGCCGGCGAUGCUGGUGACGUGGAUUACAAUACUUGUGUUGCUCACUUUUUGUGGGAGGAGGCGGAGAGAUCUUGUGGUGGAAGGCAAGAAAUUAACGGCUGAGAUUUCUCGUGUUGUGGUUAAGGUUUUGAUCAAGGAAGGGAAUAUUGUUGCGGCUUUUUGUGCUGUUUUGGGGUAUUUUAUGCUUGUUAGGAAGAAUUCUAAUGAGGAUGAUUUGAGAUUAGUUGAUUGAACAUCCCAAUAGAGAGGAUCAAUAUUGGUUUAGUAAUUCUAGUGUUUAUUUUUCACUAUUAUGACAGAAAUUCGAUUUUCACCCCUUAUUAUUAAAAGGAUGCUUUGGUUUAAUCUCCUUAACAAAAAAAAUGGGGGAAGAGUGUUUCUUGGUUCGGAAUUGGUUUUGGAAUUAGGCAAGGUGUUUGCGUUAAGUUCGGGAGAAAAGGUGAAAGGAAUGACAUUAUGACACUAGAUGCUUAAGGGUUAAGAGUACUAUAUUUUGGGACCAACUUUUUAAUGUAACAAUGCUUUUAUAACUUUUGGAUUUCGAUGAGAUUUCGAAAUAUAGUUAUGUAGUAAUGUAAUUGGGGCCUUUGUGAUUGGGGGUUAAUUUUCAAAGUAUAAUUGGUGUCCUUGUAGGAGUUUCAUGUAUAAGUGUAGCACUAUCUUUUGUAAUUGUACUUGACUGAAGAAGUAUGUUUUCAGUGUAAAUCGUUUACUAGUAGCUUAUCACCUUUCGUCCAGUAUAUAUGUAUCAGCGUAUGUUCAUUUUUGUCUUGUGUAAAUAAAAAUGUACAUGUUUUUGAUA